CAUGCUUCCAGCUACCAAUCAAACUUUCUCGGUUCUCAUUGACAGAAACGCUCUCAAACGCAGAGGCAAGGGACCUAAAAAUUCAUUAACGUCCUCUUUGUUUGAUUGUUUCUGAGCUUUAAUAGCGUCGGUUUAUGCAAAACUAAUCAAAUCCAUCAGAUUGUAAGUGGGAUUUGCUUUUUGGAGGCUUAGGAAAUGGUUUUGGUGUUAGCUUUAGGGGAUUUACACAUACCCCAUAGAGCAGCCGAUCUGCCUGCCAAGUUUAAGUCAAUGCUUGUUCCUGGCAAGAUCCAACACAUCAUUUGCACUGGCAAUCUUUGUAUCAAAGUACAUCUCUAUCUGAGGGAAGUUCACGACUAUUUGAAGACUCUUUGUCCUGACUUGCAUAUUACUCGAGGUGAAUAUGAUGAAGAAAUGCGAUAUCCAGAAACCAAAACGCUUACUAUUGGUCAAUUCAAGUUGGGGCUUUGCCAUGGUCAUCAGGUUAUUCCAUGGGGGAACUUAGACUCACUAGCAAUGCUCCAGAGACAACUGGAUGUAGACAUACUUGUGACGGGUCAUACACAUCAGUUCACAGCUUACAAACAUGAAGGAGGAGUCGUUAUAAACCCAGGGUCUGCCACAGGUGCCUACAGCAGCAUUACCUAUGAUGUAAAUCCUAGCUUUGUGCUCAUGGACGUUGAUGGCUUGCGGGUCGUAGUGUAUGUGUACGAACUCAUUGAUGGAGAGGUUAAAGUUGACAAGAUUGAUUUUAAGAAGACGACUACCACUACUCACUCUGCUCAUUGAAGCUAAAGCUCAACAGUAUUUAGUUUGAAUUUCCUCAAAAUCUGAUCUCAGCGUGUAAUCUAUGUGUGAUCCGCUAUUGUGCAUGUUUUGAGUGCUGGAAUCUUUUGGUUUGUUUGUGAUUAUUACUGAUUAACCAUAGGAUUUUUUUUUUUUUUUAUUUCGUGGACUCCAUAGAAUUUGAUGGGGUUGAAAUAUAAUUUAGUUUUCCUGCC